AUGAAUGGAGUGGCGUUAAGAAGAACUAAUGUAGUGCUGCAGCGAGAAAUACGGGUAGAGCAAGAGGAGUUGAUCGAGGAGCAGGAGACGUUGAUAGACGAGCACGAGCCAAGCGCGAUGGAGGGCUGGCAAGAAGACAACGGACGGCUGUUAUUGAUCGAUGGCCAUCCUGUGGUGUACCGGGCUUAUCACCAGAUAUCAGCGCGGUUACACCACAGUGGUUACAACACCUUCGCGCAUGACGAGGACGUCAUGGGCACGCUCUUCAAGUCAUUCGAGCAGAUCGUCAACCUUUUAGCGAUGCUCCCAACACACGUUGCACUGGUGUUCGACCAUGGGGACCCCACGUUCCGCCACGAGUCCUUCCAGGGCUACAAGAGCACGCGCCCGCCUCGCCCUGGUGCUGUGGCACGCGCCAUGGAGCUCAUGCAGGCUGCUCUGCGCGCGCUGGAGCUGCCCUCCUUUGCGAUAUCCGGAGUGGAGGCGGAUGAUGUGAUUGCAACUCUCGCAAAAGAGGCGCUCGAGAAUGGAAUGAAGGUGCGCAUAGCAUCACCUGACAAGGAUUUCUUCCAGCUGCUGUCCCCCAACCUCAAGAUGCUGCGACCCACGCAGCGCCCCAAGCGAGGCAACCCGCGCUACCCCACGUCGCACUUCUACACGUACGCAGAGGAGGACUUUUGGAGGGACUGGGGCGACGUGGAUCCGCCGCUCUUUGCUGACGUCCUCGCCCUCAUGGGUGACGUCAGCGACAACAUUCCUGGGGCGCGUGGCAUCGGCCGCAAGAACGCACCCAAGCUUGUCCGCAAAUACGGGUCAGUGGAGCAGAUACUGGAGCGACCAGAGCAGAUAUUGGACAAGAGGGGACGAGAGGCAGUAAUAGCCAGCAGAGAAUUAAUCAUCCAAUCAAAGGAGCUGGUAUCGUUGCGCAUGAAUGUGCCACACGGCAAGACAUGGGACGACCUCCGCUUUCACCCACCCGCAGAUGGUGGCGUUGAUUUUUGGAAGUUCAUGCAAACAUUGGAAGAGGAUUCAAUUCAAAUGAAGUCUGGCAUAAGGAAACGAUUGGAGGCAAUCCUGCUCGCGCCUGCCUCCCCGCCCCGCUUCCAAUCCCCCCUGCGCAAUGCGAGCCCCGACCCCAGGCCUGCCAGCAGAGGUUUCGGCCGUGGUCCCGCUGGUGCUGCCUCCUCGUCCUCCUCCUCGUUCAACCAGCUAACUCUACUCGCCUCUGGCGAUGAGAGAUCAGGAUCCCCGGCUCCAUCAUCCUCAGGAGCACAAUUCGGUUCAGGAGCAGCAGCAGGAGGAGGAGGAGGAGGAGGAGGAAUGGGAAUGGGUAGCCGUACCCCCAUGACCGCCCCUCCCGCUACUCGCAGCCGCAUGGCUGCUUACUCCUCUCCCUCCCCAGACCCUCGUUACCCCAGUCCAGGUCACUCAUCCGGGUAUGACUCAGAGUCGUCCCCCUCCGUUGCUGACGUGGCAGCUGCUGCCCUGUCCGACGUGUCAGAGGAGGAUUUGCAGACGAGAACCCCGGUGAUGGUGGGGAAGCGGGCGCUGAUGGGAGUGGAGGGCAUGGGCAUGUCAGGGUCGCCCGGGUUCCUGUCGGGCUUCAUAGCGUCCCGCCCCAAGAAUGAUCGCGCUGAGAUGCUUGACCCGAAAUUUUACCUCGAGUCGUUUGACGCAGUGAGGGCGGAGCUGGAGCAACUACCGAGCGACACGUUGGCGCUGCAGCAGCUGGGCAUGCACAGUGGGCGGCGGCUGCUGCAGCUGGACGUAAUUACGGAGCAGCUGGCCACGCAGGUCAUGAAUCACCACCAGAAAAUGGUGCAAGGAAUGCAGCUGGUGGGGGAGCUGGACCGAGAGCUGCGGGUGGUGUCUGUCAUCUGCCGGAACGCGCGGAGGCAUCUGAACAAGGCGAUGGAGGAGGUUGCGAGCGACCUGGUGGUGGCUGCCAGUGUCAACAAGAAGAAGAUGCUCACUAGCAUGCUGCCAGUGCUGAUGCGCAUGCAACAGGUGGUGGACGUGAGGGGGCGCAUGGACGCGUGCAUUGACGAGGGCGACUUUGCCCGUGCCCUGCGCCUGUGCUCGCACUGCCUUGUGCUCAUCGAACAGAACGCCCAGCUGGCAGCGAUACGAGACAUGAACAUCAGCAUCGAGGAGUGGCUCACCCGGGUGGUGGAUCAUGUGGACGCGCUACUUUUCACUGUCUGCAAGUCCUUCGACUCACCUUCUUAUGCCGUCGUGAUUGAUGCCUAUGCAGUGAUGGAUGAUGCAGCCACACUGGCAGACAAGGUUCAGAACUUCUUUGCCCAGUCUGUCGUCACCUGCACCUACGACACACUGCUGCAGUUCCUCGAGCAGGCAAUGGGGGAGGAUGAUGGGCACAGAAGCAGGCUGGCCUACAGUGAGCUGUGUAUCGAGCUGCCGGACGGCGUGUUCCGUCUGUGUCUGCUGCGCACUCUGCGUGUGCUCUUUGACCUCUUCUCAUCACACCACCACAUGAUGACGUGGCGUCACCCCUACGUCAAGCGCCCCAACACCAUGUCAAUGGACCGCUUCCCCCGCAUGGCAGCACCGGACCCCGUGUGUGCCUCAGCGCCUGUCUCUGCUUCCUCCUCUGCCUCCGACCUCCCCCAACUCGCCCGCAUUCCCACUCCACCCGCCGGCCUCCCCCGCUCCUCCUCCGGCUCGGCUGUUUCUGGUGGUGCUGCUGCUGCUGGCGCCGCUGGUGGUGGUAGUGCUGCUGCUGGUGGUGCCUCUAGUGGUGCUGGUGAGGCAAACGGGGCUGCAGCUUCUGAGGGCGCAGCAGCAGCAGGUGCUGAGGGCAGUGCGGGCAGUGCUUCGCGAGAGGGGUUGCAUGCAAGGCGGAGGUCCCACAGCCUGGUGAUUGAGAUCCCUGGGGGUGGUGACCAGCUGCAGGAGAAAGCUGAGGAGGGGGAUGGUGAGAGGGACAACGGGGCUGAACCAGGGAAAGGGCAAGAUGGGGAGAGAAAAGGCGGGAUUGAGGGUGCUGGUGGGUCAGACGGACAGAAAUCAGGUGCACAGAGGACAGAAGCACAGAGGUCAAGUUCAGAAAGGACAGACGCUCAGGUGCAGCAGAAGACAGGGCAUGCGGCGUUGCAGCAGCAGAGGCGGCAGGUGAGGAGGUCGUCAAGUGAGGGGCACAACGAGGCAUGGAGCAGCGCUGGUGCUGCUGCUGCUGCUGUUGCUGCUGCUGGUGCUGAGGCUCUGGUGAGAGACGGCCGCCCUCCCAUCCCCUCUGCAGGGCCUUCUGGGACAGAAGGCAUUGCGGCAGCAGCUGUCGCAGCUGCAGCUGCAGCAGCAGCAGGCGUUGGUGGUGGAGUUGACGAGAGGAGCAGAAAUCGGGGUGGGGGAGCGGACAUGGCACUGAGAACAGACGAUGUGAUGAUGAUGGGGAGUGACUUUAGGGAAGGGUCGCUGGCGGAUCUGCCACCCAACGUGGCACGCAAGAUGCGCGUCAGCACCACGGCUGCAGUCUGCCGCGCGCUGCAGAAGAACAGGAAGGCCGUGUGGGAGCUUGCGGCUCGCCGCGUGGGUGCGCUGCUCACUGCGCCCGCACUCUGCUCCGGGUCCUCUCAGCAGUUCCUCCAGGUGGGUUUGGGGAGCGGAGCAGAUGGGCAAGUUCCCAUCGCAGCAGUGUGCGAGGCGUUCACUUGGUGCACGCGGCACUGCCCAGUAGGAGAAGCGUUUACAGGGGUGGAGGCGGCUGGGCUGAGAACUAAAAUGGUGAAGCAGAGCGAGGUAUACUUCAACACCUUCCACCGCCAGAACCUCAAGGUGCUGAAGAUGGUUCUCGAACGGGAGACAUGGCAGCGCCUACCACCAGAGACCAUCCACACGCUCCGACUCAUCAGCCUCACCACCUCCUCCGCUCCCUCCCCUCUUUCCCAUCACGUGCCAGGUGCUGAAGAUGGUUCUCGAACGGGAGACAUGGCAGCGCCUACCACCAGAGACCAUCCACACGCUCCGACUCAUCAGCCUCACCACCUCCUCCGCUCCCUCCCCUCUUUCCCAUCACGUGCCAGCUCGGGUGGUGAGGGAGCGAAGGAGAGAAGGGAUUUUAGGGAGUGGUUGGACCGAGGGAACCCGUUUGCAGCAGUGGAGGCGGGGGAGGAGGAGGCAGCGGAGGGGAGAGAGGGAGGGGAGAGGGCGGAGGGUGGUGAAAGGAGCAGCAGCGGGAGUGGGGGAGGGACAGUCGGCAGGGAAGGGGGAGCAGGAGCUGGGUCUGGUGAUGCUGCAGCCUCAGCAUCAGGGGCAGCAGCAGGGGCGAGGGAGGGGGGAGAAGCAAGCAGCAGAGAGCAAUCAGGGAACCCACAGGGGCGGAUUCUCCCAGGGGGCCGAGCAGAGUCAGACAGAGCGAGCCGAGGAGACCGGAACCAACCCUCAGCGAGGGGGGGAGGAGCUCGGGGCAGGUUGAGUGCGGAUGGGGAGGGGGUAGGGGAGGGUGAGGAGGACGAGGACGAGAGGGAGGAGCUUAUGGCUGAUUAUAUAGACGAGGAGGAGGUGGGGGUGUCGGCAGCUGUGCUGGCAGGCAGGGGCAGGAGGAGUUCGGAGGCAGGAGGGGGAAAUGUGGGGGGUGGAGGCGGGCUGGACACGGGUCUUGCGCUCACUGGCGCUGCUCUCACUGUCGUCAGGCUCAUGGAUCGGUACACUCGACUCAUGGGGUUGCUGCCUCCCAUCGCUUCUGGAAUCUUCGCUGGUCUGUGCCAGCUGUUUGACCUCUACCUCGUGACAGUGUUCCGGCUGUUCGGCAGCCCUGAUGCCGUCAGCACACUGCGCUCUUCUGAUCCUGCUGCUGCCGCCCUGCUGACCCCCAAGCUGCGCACCACGCUGGCACGUGUCGCGCAGGGAUUGGACGACGCGCGCAACAAGCCCAUCUCGUCCCUCUCCCCCACCGGCACUCCCCCUGCGACUGGAGCAGCGGCAGCAGCAGCGCUGGGGGAAGCAGCAGCCGCGGCUGCAGCAGCAGCAGUGGAGGCGGUUGGGGACAUGCUGCGGCAGAGCAAGCCGCGCUUCCAGUCGCUGCUCGCCCCGCCUUCCUGGACCAACAUGGACGUCUUCUAUGCGCGCACGCUGGACGCAGUACCGGACCUGUGGGAGCAUGUGCUGCGCACGCUCGUGAAGCUGCUGCUGAACAUAGCAGGCACAGCGGAUCGAAUUGCUGCUGUCAACUGGGAGCCGGCUGACAUCGGCACACAGCACAACAUCUAUGUGGAGAAUCUGGUUGCCGAGUUCCGCCUUUUCGCCCACCGCUUGGGCCAGUCUGGAGCACCUCGACAGGUGCAGGACCAGCUGGUGGCAUACGGAUUGGACGAGCUCUGUGACGUCAUGCUCGACGGCAUCUGCCGGGUCAAGAAGUGCAACAGCAAUGGCCGCGCCCUCAUGUCCCUUGACCUUCAGGUGCUGGUGCAGGGUCUGCAGCCCAUAGUGGGGCGGGGGGCAGUCAAGGGGCUACAGCUGGUAGACAACUACAUCAAGGCAUUCUACUUGAGUGAGAGUCAGAUCAUCGACUGGGUACGAGCACAUCCGGAAUACACGAAAGCGCAGGUGAUAGCAUUGGUGGUGAUGGCUGCUAAUGGUGGCAACUGGAAACUGAAGAACAAGUUUGAGAUUAUUAAGAAGAUUGAUACUGGUGAUUUGACUUGA